AUGAACGACGAAACUCAAUUCACAAAUAAAGCGAACGACAUUUUAAGGACAGCUCAGAAGCUAGCUCAGGAUCAUAGACAUGCACAGCUUCAACCGAUUCAUUUGCUAGCUGCAUUUGUCGAGCCCAGCGAGGAUGGGUCGAUUGGAUUUUUGCAGAACAUUGUAGAGUUAGCCAAGUACGAUUUUGACCCAUUGAGAAGGGCAAUUAACAGGCACUUGGUGAGGACUCCAUCUCAGACUCCUGCACCAUUGGAGGUACAGCCAAGUUAUGCUUUCGGACAAGUAUUGAAGGAUACUUUGGAGAUUAAGAAGCAACAGAAGGACUCUUUUGUGGGACAAGAUCAUAUUAUGUCUGCCUUGUUCAAAGAGGCUACGACGCAGAGUAUAUUCAAGGAAUGUUCGAUUGACAUUGAGGCUGUGAAGCAGCAGAUGCUUGAAUUAAGAGGUAACCAAAGGAUUGAUUCCAGAGGGGCCGAUACGAAUGAAAAAUGGGAAUACUUGAAGAAGUAUGCCAUUGACAUGACGGAACAGGCAAGAGCUGGUAAAUUGGACCCUGUUAUCGGUAGAGAAGAGGAAAUCAGAACGGCCAUUACCGUGUUGGCCAGAAGAAUCAAGUCCAAUCCAUGUUUGAUUGGUGAGCCAGGUAUUGGUAAGACUGCCAUUGUGGAAGGUGUUGCUCAAAGAAUCAUUGAUGAUGAUGUGCCGCAGAUUCUACAAGGAUGCAAGCUAUUUUCGCUUGAUCUAGCAGCUUUGACGGCCGGUGCCAAGUACAAGGGUGACUUCGAGGAAAGAUUAAAGGGUGUGUUGAAGGAAAUCGAGGAGUCCAAGGUGUUGAUUAUUCUAUUUAUCGAUGAAAUCCACAUGUUGAUGGGUCAAGGUGUCGACGAUUCUGCCAACGCUGCCAAUAUCUUGAAGCCAGCCUUGUCUCGUGGUGGUUUGAAGGUCAUUGGUGCCACAACAACCAACGAAUACAGAGCCUUGGUGGAAAAAGAUGGUGCAUUUGAAAGAAGAUUCCAAAAGAUCGAUGUGCCAGAGCCAACGGUAAGGCAAACAGUGGCCAUUUUGAGAGGUUUGCAGCCAAAAUACGAGAUCCAUCACGGUGUCAGAAUCUUGGACAGUGCAUUGGUGUCAGCUGCGCAAUUGGCCAAAAGAUACUUGCCAUAUAGACGUUUGCCAGAUUCAGCCAUUGACUUGGUGGAUAUUUCCUGUGCCGGUGUAGCUGUUGCUCGUGACUCGAAACCAGAAGAGUUGGAUAACAAGGAACGUGAACUGCACUUGUUACAAGUUGAAAUCAAGGCCUUGGAAAGAGAUGAAGAAACCGAUCCAACAACCAAGGAAAGAUUGCAACAGGCCAGACAAAAGGAGGCUUCAUUGAACGAGGAAUUGGAGCCUAUGAGACAACGUUACCAGCAAGAAGUUGACUCUCAUGAACAAUUGAGACUGGCCAAGAAGAAGCUUGACGAAUUGGAGAACAAGUGUCUGGAUGCUGAGCGUCGUUACGAUAACGCAACAGCAGCUGAUUUGAAGUACUUUGCUAUCCCAGAUGUCAAGAAGCGUAUUGCCGAGUUGGAACAGAAAGUUGCUGAAGAAGAAUCGAGAGAGGGCACCGAAACAAUGGUGAAGAACGUGGUGAACAGUGAAGUUAUUGCUGAAACCGCUGCCAGAAUGACUGGUAUUCCAGUGAACAAGCUAACUGAAUCUGAAAAUGCUAAAUUGAUCCACAUGGAGCGUGAACUUUCGCAACAAGUCGUGGGUCAAAUGGACGCUGUCAAGGCGGUUUCCAACGCCGUGAGACUAUCCAGAUCUGGUUUGUCGAACCCUAACCAACCAGCAUCGUUCUUAUUCCUCGGUUUAUCCGGUUCCGGUAAGACCGAAUUGGCCAAGAAAGUGGCUGGAUUCUUGUUUAACGAUGAGAAGGCCAUGGUCAGAAUCGACUGUUCGGAAUUGAUGGAGAAACACUCUGUUUCCAAGUUGUUAGGUACCACUGCCGGUUACGUCGGUUACCAAGAGGGUGGUUUCUUGACAAACCAGCUACAAAGAAAGCCAUACAGUGUCUUAUUGUUCGAUGAAGUCGAGAAGGCCCAUCCCGAUGUGCUAACCGUCCUAUUACAGAUGUUGGAUGACGGUAGAAUCACCAGUGGUCAAGGUAAGACAGUGGAUUGUUCCAACUGUAUUGUGAUCAUGACAUCGAACCUUGGUGCCCAAUACUUGAACGCCCAAACCGGUUCCAAGGUCACAGAGGGUGCCAAGGAACUGGUCAUGGGUGCUGUCAAGGCCCACUUCAGACCUGAAUUCUUGAACAGAAUCUCAAGUAUCGUUGUGUUCAACAAGCUAUCGCACAAGGCCAUCCACAAGAUCGUGGACAUCAGAAUCAAAGACCUCGAGGCCCAAUUCGAAGACAAUGACAAGAACUACAAGAUUAAUGUCACCCCAGAAGCCCGUGACUUCUUGGCUAACAACGGUUAUUCAGAAGAUAUGGGUGCCAGACCAUUGAACAGAUUGAUCCAGACGGAAAUCUUGAACCCAAUGGCUAUCAGAAUCCUAAAGGGCGAGAUUAAGGACAAGGAAACGGUGAACAUCCAGUUGGCUGCCGAUGGCUCCCAUUUGGAAGUUCUUCCAAACCACCCAGCCUCUACAGAUGUCGGCGAUGAAGAGAUGGAUCUUGAUCUCGAAGACGAUGAUCUAGACCUUGAUUAA